CAUCCCUCACUAUACUCGACCUUGUUAUACCUUCGUUCGUAAAAGGGGGUUUCAUGUUACAUAAAUUCCCUUCUCCGACGGCGAUUUCUACAGGCUUUCUUGACUAAGUUCCUUCGCUUGUGAACGAAUGAAGAUCGGGGUUUGUUGAUUUAGUUUUAAUUGUUGUCGGUGUUGUUACAUUUCCUAAAUUGGAACAUCAACGAAAACCCUAACGAAUUUGACUGCAUCUCAGUUGGUGUAGCCUUCGAUUCGAUAUCAAGCUACCCUUGUUGUUACAGGAACAAGCAAACGAAGAUGGAGAUUUCAGGUGACUCAGUUUGCUGUGACGAUUCGGUCGGAGAUGAGGUUGUACAAGAGUUGUCCUUUUUCGAACAAGAUGAAGCUGAAAUUCCAAUUGAGUAUGUAGAUAAGCCUUUUAAUGAUGAUGCAGUGUAUGAGCUGAAUUUUUUUAGCGAUGAUCAAUGUGGGUCUGAAGAAACCGGUGCUGCAAUUGGUAAUGAGAAUACAUUGGAGACAAUUGAGGUGAAUAGUGUAGUUGACAUUUGUGCAAUUGACAUGAAGAGUCUUAUCCCUGUUCUAGUGGAAAGAUAUGAUUUUAAGAGUCUGGAGGUUGCAUACAUGUUUUAUGCCCAUUUUGCUCGUGCUAAUGGUUUUUGUGUGAGAAGAUUUAACGUAAUAAGAAGCAGGAAGACAGGGGAAAUAGUUCAACAGGAAUUUGUCUGCAACAAGAAUGGCAAGAGAGAAGACAGAGGGCUAUCGGUUGAACAAAGAAAGCGCACGCCAAGGAGGGACACAAGAUGUGGGUGUAAAGCAAUGUUUCGUGUACAUGUUGAUGUAACCACCACUCGGUGGUAUUGCACUUGGUUUAACAACGAUCACAAUCAUGAGUUAUUCGAUGAUGUGGAUUGCGGAUUGCAAGCUCCUCAUAGGAAACUUAGUUUGAGCGACAUAAUUCAGCUAAAUGGAAUGAAGGAUAUCGGGAUGGGUGUGCCUCACAUGUGGCGUGCUUUUGCUACUCAAUGUGGAGGCCAUGAGAAUGUCCCUUUCACAAAGAGAUCUGUAUAUAACCAAAUUGGCAAGCAAAGACAAAUGCAAAACAGCGAUGCUUCUUCAGCAAUUCAGUUCAUUUGUAAAAUGAGUUCUAGUGACAGCGAAAUGUACUGGGAGCGCACAAUAGAUAAAGAUCGCAGACUUCAGCAUCUCUUUUGGUGCGAUGGUAUUAGUCGUUUGAGUUACAAGGUGUAUGGUGAUGUUCUAGCAUUUGAUGCAACUUAUUCAAAGAAUAAGUAUUUGUUGCCUGUAGUGGUUUUCUCUGGAGUAAACAAUCACAACCGGACAACCAUCUUUGCUACUGCUGUUGUGGCUAACGAAACGGAAGAAACUUAUGUGUGGCUGUUAGAGCAGUUCCUCAAGGCAAUGGAUGGUAAACAUCCAAAUGCUGUAAUAACUGAUGGUGCUCCAGUGAUGAGAAAUGCAAUUCAUAGGGUUUUUCCAAAUGCACAUCAUCGAUUGUGUGCGUGGCACCUUCUCCGUAAUGCGAAUACCAAUGUUGGAAACCCUCAGUUUACUCAGGCUUUAAAGUGCUGCAUGUUUGGAGACUAUGAUGUGGGGAAAUUUGAAAAGAAAUGGGAUGAAAUGGUUGCAAAGUUUGGAUUGCAAAACAACGGAUGGGUUCAAGGAUUGUAUGAUACAAGGAAAAAAUGGUCCUCAGCUCACUUGCGGGGUAAAUUUUUUGCUGGAUUCCGGACAACCUCUAGAUGUGAGGGUUUGCAUUCUGAACUUGGAAAGUUUGUCCAUUCGCGUCAGAACUUGACUGAUUUCUUAGAGCAGUACCACCAUUGUUUAAAGCAGAUGCGGUUUAGAGAGGUUGCAGAUGAUUUUCAUUCCAUAGAUGGGAAUCCGGUUCCUCAAACAAAGAUGGAGGCGCUGGAGAUGUCAGGUGGGAAACAUUUUACUAAUGCUAUUUACCUGCUAUAUGUUAGUGUUCUUAAACAAGCUACUACGCUGAAAGUGUUACAAUGCCAUGAGGCAUUAACCUGCACCAUUUAUACUGUUGCGAAGCUAAUUUUAGGGGUGAAGGAGUGGCAUGUUUCAGUUUAUGCAGAACCAAGCGACUAUAAAUGUUCAUGUAUGAAAAUGGAGUCACGUGGCCUGCCAUGUGAGCAUAUUAUUGCUGUCUUACACCAUCUGAAGGUUGAGGAGUUACCCGAGUGCCUUAUAAUGAAAAGAUGGACGAAAGGUGCAAAGGACGGGGUUUAUAGUGCGAAGGGUGUUGGGGGUCACAUUUGGGACUCACAGAAAAGUGCACGUUGUGGAGCGUUGAUGGAUUUAUACAGAGUACUGAGUGAAUUAAAUUCUGAUACACUUGAGGAUUUCAAUAAUGCAAGGAAGAUUGCUAAUCAACAGAUUGAGCUAGGUCGAGCAAAGAGGUCUUGUCAAAAAGGGGAUGUAUCAAUGAAGAAAACUGAAUUUGCUAUGUUAAGGGACCCCGUGCGUAUAAGGUCAAAAAUGCGUGGUGGCAAGGGUGCAUCGUCUUCGGGAGUGAGAGGAAAACGUGUCUUGAACUGUUCAGUGUGUAAGCAACCAGGUCACAACAAGCUGACAUGCACAUUUUUGACAGCAAAUGGUGAAUCCGUGGUGAACAUUGGAAGUGAUGAAUCAGAGUAUGACCACUUUAGCACACAAGACCUUGAUGUUGAUGAUUGAACUGUGAAGUGUUAAUUGGGAGCGCACUUUGGACAAAUGAUGGUCCCCACUUCCUAGUCAAGAUUGAAGUUUGGAUUGCUAAUAUUUUUAGAUUUUUCUGUGUUUGUAAUUUGACCUCCUCAGUAACAUACUGCAAUGUGGUAAUGUUGUAUGAUGUAUUCUCAAGACCUGAUGGGUUAUUUAUGUUUGAAGUCUAACUUUUGCCUA